UCUUAAAAAUAAAAUAAAAUACUUGUGAUUGGGAUGACCUCUGCGACCUUUGAUCAGCUGAUUAAAUUACUAUCUUCAACGAGAAAUGGCGUUUUUCUCGGGGAAAAUAAACUUGAGGAAGCCCCUCAAAAUUAAUUUUGCCCAAAAAUGAACAUUUUUACUUAAAUCUCAGAAAUUUUUAAUUGUUGUCGUCCUAAAAUUUAACGAGUUUGUACAUAUUUAAAACAAUGAUUACGUUUUAUAUUGUACACCCGACUGAUUUUUUCCCGAAAACGCAAAUUCCGGGUCACAAUCCCAAAAUAAAACUUUUUUUUUAAUUUGGCGCGCAAAUGGCGUCAAGUGACAGUUGUCUUUGAGGUUAGAAUGUUUUUAUUUACGUAUGAUUUGCGUUUAUUAUGUCGUUAUUUCCGGCUUUCGCUAGUGAAAGUGCUCCUGAAAAACAACCCUGCGACAGCCCCCAAUGGCUCCAAAACCCCAGUUUCAGCAUUGACGUGACCGGAGCCCCGGAGAAGCCCCCCGAGGAGGAAUCACCGCGAGCCGAUAGUCCCGAGCCAAAGAAACGUAAAAAGAAGCACAAACAUAAAGACAAACCGGUUGUUGAAGACAGUAAAUUGGAAGAAGAGGGUUUUAUUGUUGAUACAGUGCGGACUAAAGAAUAUUUGACGGUCAAAACGAUAGCCCGGCCCUCAGCACCGCGUUACUCGGUCCGGUAUCACGUAACGGGGGCUCGGACCGGACGUAAACGCAAGAAAAUAAAACGGUAUUACCACUGGUCGUUUCUUGUUGUUGAUCAAAAAGAAGGGGAGGAGGAAGUAAUAACUGAGAAAAAUCGUGAUUCGCUUGAAGGAAGUAAAAAAGAUGAGAAUUUUGCGGGGUUUAAACAAGAGGAAGACUUGUCGCAGACGACGGCCACGUAUAACAAGAAGUUGGCUGAGAGCCCCCAUGAUAUCAAACUAUGGCUGGAAUAUGUGAAUUUUCAGGACAUGGUGUACCAGUUUGAGAAGACGUAUCGAAAAGGGAGUAUUGCCAAAGGUCUGAGAGUCUUAGCUGAGCGAAAACUGGCGAUUUUAGACAAGGCUUUGAGCCACAAUCAAAAUUGUGAGGAGUUGUUGAGGGAGAGACUAAACGUGGCUGUCAGUAUUUACCCCUCUGAUGAAUUACAAAUACAAUUAAAAAAUCUGGUAGAUAAAGACCAAGGGAACAUUAUUUUAUGGCAGGGUUACAUUGAGUCAAUUCAGUGUUCCAUGUCCCACUGUAACACUCCUUCAGUCCUCGACUUGUACACAAAAUGUCUCUCAAUUUUGCAUAAACUGCGGCGAAACUCAUCAAUGGAGAAGGCCCAACUCGAGGAAAAUAUUCUAAAAAUGCUGUAUCAAUGCGGUCUAUUUUUGAAACAAGCCGGCUUAUUUGAACAGCUCUGGACCCUCUUGCGGCUAUACCUGGAACUAAAUUUAUCCCCAAGUGACAAAAACAAAUUCAAUAUCGGGACAGGUUUUGAUGAGAAACAGUUGGUAGAAUUGGAGGAGGUUGUGUUUAACUCGCAACUUCCCCUCCAUGAGUUGUGGCUCCGCACUGAGAAGCUCAGGGAGGCGUGUCAUUGGUUGCCGUGGAUGGAAGACGGUGAGUGUGAGGAUCCGCAACGGUUGGUCUUCCCUGAUGACGUAGCGGAGUUGAUUCAUCCAAUCACAAUGCCCGAAAAUACAUUUCGACUAAUCGCUACGAUUUUGACACUUUUGAAAGUCCCGAUUUUAUUUUGUCGUCAUAGUACGAUGCAGGAUUUGGGCUUGGAUUAUGUGCCAUGGGCUCUUGAUUCGAUCGAAUCCCUAAUUGCGAUUUUUUUACCCCUGUAUCCGAUUGAUUUAACAAACAAGAAUUUUAUUAUUGAUAACAGACUAUCAGUGGGGCCGCAAUAUUUGAAAGUUUUGCCGGGGCAAGAGGAAUAUUUGAAUUUUGUUUUGACCACAAUGAAAAGUUGUACUGAAUGUUUGAGUGGGGAUGACAAGAUUGCGAUGACAGUGUGGUGGCUUCGCUUCCAGAAAUUGUUGAUUAUUUUGGAAAAACAAAAUCGGUUUAAAAUGCCACAAGGGCUGGCCAAAAAAAUCAAGUCCAAUGUCAAAAAUUUACUAAAACAAGAGGAGAAUCGGAGUAACACGAUUUUUUAUUGCGAGUACGCCUUAAUCGAGUACGAAUUGGGGAAUCCCGAGACUUGUUUAAGCAUAAUUCAGACGGCGCUCUCAUUUCACAAACCAAGUUUGGCGAGUUUUUCAGCCGAAAAAACGGCUCAUUGUCACUUGCAUCGAACUUUGGUUGAGGUUUGUUUAAAUCAGGGCAAAGAUUCCGACGCCUUGAAAUACCUAAUUUGUUACGCUCUCGAAAAACCAAUCGAGUCAAUAAGUGACGAUCUCCUCAACCAAACAACCCUCAAAUUCAAACACGUAACCUUGCAAUUAUUAGAAACCGAACUUCAAAAACUCCCAGUCGCAAAUCAGUUUUUACCGAAUUUUUUCACCGAUUGGAUCAUCUGUAACGGGUGGUUUCUAUGCCUGACCAAGGGGGCUAUACAGUGUGGCACUUUCCUUGAAAAUAUUUUAUCAAAUUUAGACGAAAAAUGUGAAGGAAUGUUAUGGCAAAAGGAAGUUUUGUACGAGUUUUACGUCGCUGUUCUCUUCAAAUAUUGUGUGGCAAACCCCGGUUUUGGCGUUUUUAAAAUACUGGACGAUGUUUUAACUCGAGCUAUCGAACUUUAUCCUAAUAAUCUUUUCCUGUUGGCUGUUUUGGCCAAGGAACAGAGUAUCACGUCUUGUGCAGGGUCGCAGUGGUGGAAACUGAAAAGUUUGUUAAUAAAAACGGGGCGCGCUUUUCCGAUUCUGUUUCUCGUGCUGAUUGCAAAUCAACAAAUGCUUGAGACGCAGGAAACGUACAUUGAGACGUUUUCAGGUCGUAAAUAUGAGAUCAGCGACAGCCACAAAAACCGGAUGUUGGCCCUCUUCCGCCAUAUCACAAGACCGGAAAUGUGCACAAGGAGAUGCGGAUUGGUGUGGAGACUGUAUUUGCAGUUUGUUCAUGCAUAUUUUGACUCAACUUUGUGCAGAAAUGUUUACUUUUGCGCCGUUGAAGAAUGUCCGUGGUUGAAAGCUUUGUAUAUCGACGCUGCUAUUUACAUCCCGGCUGAAUUAGCCCAAAUUCAAGACUUGUUAAUUGAGAAACAGCUUCGGAUUCACGUGACGCCCGAGGAGUUGGAUGUUUUGCGAAGUUGAGGAUUUUUCUGUGAUAUUUCCAUUUUAUUUUGACAUAAAUUAAACAAAAAUAACACUCAUUAAAAAAGUUAAUUACGGAAUUAAUUAAAAGUUGGAAAUAAAUAAAAAAUACAUAAAAC